CAAGGAUUUUACAAGUAUCCAACGGAGUUAUGGAGGAAGAAGCAAUCUGAUGUGAUGAGGUUCGUCCAGAGGGUGCGCUGUUGGGAAUAUCGCCAGCAUCCUUCAAUUGUCCGAGUCACAAGACCCACACGCCCUGACAAGGCUCGUCUUUUGGGUUACAAGGCCAAGCAGGGUUACGUUGUUUAUCGUGUCCGUGUAAAGCGUGGCGGUCGCAAGAGGCCUGUUUCCAAGGGUAUUGUAUAUGGGAAGCCCACCAACCAAGGUGUGACACAGCUGAAGUUUCAACGCAGCUUGAGGUCUGUUGCCGAGGAGCGCGCUGGCCGUAAAUUGGCAGGCCUUAGGGUUCUGAAUUCAUACUGGAUCAAUGAGGAUUCGACCUACAAGUACUUUGAGGUAAUCCUGGUUGAUGUUGCUCAUAAUGCUAUCCGAAAUGACCCAAGAAUCAACUGGCUCUGCAAUCCUGUUCACAAGCGCAGGGAGCUUCGUGGGCUGACUUCGGCUGGGAAGAAGUGCAGGGGAUUGCGUGGAAAGGGACACCUAUACCACAAGGCACGACCAUCUCGCAGAGCAACUUGGAAGAGAAACACCACCCUCUCCCUUCGUCGGUACCGUUGAUUUCA